AACGGCGGCGUAGUUUCUCUCAGGUUUUUCUCUGCUAAAACAUAUUACAUAUAUAUGUCAUAUACCUCAAUUUCAAUUGUAUUCCAAGCUAAAUGUAAUAAUGGCUACGGAGGCUGUAUAUAAUUACAUGAAGACUGAAAAUAAACCUCACAAUUUGAAUGAUAUACUCACAAAUUUAGAUAAUAAAUAUAGCAGAACUAUGGUUCAAAAGGCUGUUGAUGAACUGGUGACAGAUAAGAAACUGUUUGAAAAAGUUUAUGGCAAAAAUAAAAUUUACUGUGUUGUCCAAGAUUCAAUGUAUGAUACUGACGAGUCAUUGAAGAUUGACAAAGAAGCACAAAGUCGUGCCAAAGAGAAUAAAUAUCAAGAAAUUUUGAGAGAGACGAAAGAACAUGAGGCUUUCUUGUCUUCUUUGAAGUCAAGUUUAACAUUGGAAGAUGCACAAAAAGAAAAGGUUAUAUUACAGCAAAAUAUAAAAGAGUUAACGCAUAAACUAGAUGAAUUGAUGGAAAAUAGCAGUACAGUAGACUUACAUGAUCAUUCAAUAUUAAAACGAAAGGCACAAGAGACUCUGGACGAAUACACACGUACAUAUUUGAAAAGAAAAAAAAUAGUCACUGAGAUAAUAGAUUGCAUUUUGGAUAAUUAUCCUGGUAGCAAAGACAAAUUGUAUGAUGAAAUAGGCAUAGAUCCAACAACAUAAUAAAUUGAGAGUUAUUAGUUUUUCCGGUUAAUAUUUUGUCUUAUUUAUUUUUCUAUAUUUUAUUACAUUCUCUUAUUGUUAGAUAAAAUGACAUUUCUAUAUAAUGCACAAAGAAUUGAAUAAGUAUUUUAUGUUAAAAUGAUUAAAAUUUUCAUCUAAGUGCCAAGUUAAGUAUUAAAUGAUCUUAUUUGCAUAUUUAAAAAAUGAAUAUACUAUUUAUUUACGCCAAGAGAUUAUAUAUUAACAUUUAUGCUAUUAUUUAGAAGGAAUUACUUUAGGUUGCUAAAUAAUGUAUAUUGUUAAUAUUAUUUAAAUGUUCAAUUUGUAGAGCAGAUAAGUCAACUUUUAUUUUGUGUGCAUUACAUUUUACUUUACAUUCUUUUUUUUAUUUUUAUAAAUGUGCGUAUCAUAUAUAGGGCGUUCCAAAACUAUCACAUUCUCUGUACUUAUAGAAAUAAAAACAUCAAAAGUUAGUCAAUAUUAAAUAAUUUAAAAAAUUUUACUUUUUAUCUUUAAGAAAACAGAAGAAUUAAAAUCCUUACAUUUUUAAACAGAUUCUCUAACUUUGAGAUUUUAGUUUAGCCAAACUUUGUUUAUGAUUUGAAUAUCAAGAUAUUUAAUGUGGAGAAUAUGAAAAAUCUGCAUCAAAGUAUGAUUAUAAAUAUAUACGGUAAUGAGAAUUAAAAAUUUGCUUAACAAUGUGUGACUGAAAGAGAAUAUGUAAUAGUUUCCGGAUCCUGGUAUUAUAUUCUGAUAUUUUUAUGUGAAUUAUGCGUGCAUACAUAACUCCCUUGACAUAUUUACAAGCAUAGACUACUAUGUACAAAGUUUCAAUCAGAAUAGAAUACAAUAACAUUCUUAAGAAUAUAUAUCUUGAACAUUAAAUUUUUGUUUGUAUUUUUUUUAUGUGGCAUCCUAUUAAAGCAGCAGCAGCAAUGUAGAGUACGAUAAUAUAUCAGCAUAUAUAAUGUCCUAUAACACAGAUUAGAAUACUUAUUUUAUAAAUUGUUUAUCAAAAUCUUACUUUUUUUCUGCUGUAAAAUUGCAUUUAAAUGUCAGAUAUUGGAUAGCAUAUUGCGAUUAUAUGUAAAAGU